AGGCGCCUCUAAACGAUGCCUUCUAUCUUCGAACACUACCCCGAUAAGGUGGGCAUGAUCGUGAAGAGAGUCAGUGUCCCUGUGGGACUCGAAGAACUAAUGGAGGGCCUCACUAAGGCGGUUCUGCUGCAGAAGCCCAAAGAUCUCUACGUGUUUGCUUCUGAGUACUUUUCUCGCCUCAUUGUCUUGCGCCAGCAAACCUCCAAUCAGAAAACCUAUCCCGUUCGAACUGUUCAAUCCGUCUCCAAAGUGAACAUGCCUCAAGGGAAGAAAACCCUCCCUGCCAGACCUUCUAGGCACGUUGCGCAACAACUCUCAGCAGCCCAGAGGAGCGGAUGUCGCCCCCCUAGACCACCUGAGCAAAAGCAGAAGAAAGAGCCCGCUCCGAAGGAUCAACGGCAGAGAUCUAUCUCACACCCGGUCAGGUCCAGCUCCAGUGAUUCUGAAAAAACUGGAAAACAAGCCAGAAUAAGGCCUGACAAGAAAGUCAUACCAUUUAGUAAAAGAUCGAGCACUAGAGCGCCAAAAGCUCUGACUCAAAUUUUAGACUCGGAUGUGCUUGCAUCGAGCACCAAUCUACCAAAAUUAAACCCUAAAGAUAAAAGCCGCAAAACUCCCUUGAAACAAGAAGCGACAGUUAAAGAUCAAGUUUCUCAGGCUGCUGAAGAUACAGCAGGACUUAAGCAGAAUGAAGAUUUAGGUGCCUUGAAGCCAGAGUCAGUUACCACUAAACACUCACUUGCUGAAGAGCGAGCGACGCCUAGAGAGACGAACGAAGCAGCAUCUUCAAGCGUAGAAGCUCCUAUUGAAAAUACAACAGCAUCUAAGGGGAACAAUGAAACAUCAAGCGUCAACUCAGAUGAAGCAGUUGCAACAGCAUUUUCUGAAUAUUCAGCUAAAUCAAGAGAAGCGAAUGAUUCAGAUGAUUUGAAGCAUGACGCUGUUGAAGCUACCGCCGCACCUAAAGAAGAUAAUGAAAAAUCUGACCUGGAAUCAGAGCCGACAGCUUCAAGUGAAGUCGCAGAGAAACAGACAGGGACAUUUGGUAAAGAUUUUGUAAAAUUCAGAGAGAAGAAUAAAGCUCUUGACUUAGAACAAGAAUCCACAGAUGCAAAUUCACCUCCUAAAAAUAAACCAACAUCUAAACAGGACAAUGGAGAACAGAACUUAAUAUCACGACGAACAGCUACACUUGAAGAUUCAGCAAUUGAAGAUGCAUCAACAUCUAAAGAGUACAUUGGAGAGUCGAGGUUGAAGCAAGAGCCAAGAGAUAAAGUGGAAGAUGCAGGUUUGAAACAAAAGUCAACGAUUACGACUGCAGACGUAGCCGAAUUUAACGUAAACAAUAAUUUAUCUGACUUGAAGCAAGAAUCAAUUGUAAUUGAACAUUCAGCUUUUGAAGAUAUCGCAACAACUAAAGCGGGAAAUAGAGAAACGAGCUCAAAAUCAGAUGCAGUAGUUAAAGUUGAAGACUCAUUAAAACUCCAAAAAGGUAACAAGGCCCUUGCCUUCAAACAAGCGUCAAUAGUUGACUUCACUGAAGAUUCAGCUCCUGUUGAAGAUAUAGCAAUAUCUAAGGAGGAAAAUGAAGCGCCGAACUUUAAACCAGAAGAAGCAACAAUUAAAAAUCACAUUGAAUCAAGAGAACAGAGUUUACUUACAGCUGAUAAGGACAACGAAGCCCUUGAUUUACAGAAAGAACGAGAUGCUCUAGCUAAUAAUAAUACUCCAAGCGCAGACAGUUUUCCUCAAGACGCCAAAAAAAUUCCAGAAAAUUCCAAUAAAGAAGCUUUACAAUUUCCACCUUCAACUUCCGAGCAAUCAAAUGACGAUCCGGAUAAAAGAAUGCUUGUCAGACAUCAUUCCGCUGCUCCCCUUCUACUGGAAGAAAGCAAUGAAAGGUGCAUACAACAUGAAUCUGCAAAAGUAGAUAAUAUAUUUAAAGAAGGCCACAGAGUCGCCACCAAAGAGACUUUCGUGGAUAUGCAAAUGAAGCAAACAAGUGGAUCAGACGACAUCCUUAUAGUUACAGUGUCAGAAGAUUCGUCCGAAUUCGUUAAGGAAAAACCAAAUGAAGCAGUCAAGAGCAACGUGCCCGAACCCACAACGUUUUUUCGGAGCUCUGAAGAACUGGUGGCUGAAGAAGAUAAAGAAAUGAAUUCUACUACUAGUGAUACUUCAACCAAGGCGCUGAUAGGCGCCUUCAAUCAAGAAGAACAAACGGAACAAACGAAGGAGUCGUUGAGAGUCGCCACUGCUUUAAGCAAUGAAGCUCGAGAUGAAAAAACCACAAACACCAAAGCUUUGCUGAAUAGCUUCCUAAACUAUGAACAACAGCACGUUUUCAAGCCGCCCAUUUCUUCUAAAAUUGAAGACUUGGAAGCCACAGGACAACAAACUCUGGAGCAAGAUUGGAAAUCGUCAUCUUCGUCAUCAGACGUUCAAGAUCACGUCCUUCUGAGGCAGGAGAGCUUGAUGGCUUUUAAUUCAGUUAAAGAGCUUCUGGACUUAGAUGCCAACAGGACGCUGAUGGGAAUAAAAAUAAGUCAAUCUGGAUCCACAGAUACAGAAAACUACUCUGGUCUCAAGCUAAUCAUUGCAGAUGGCGAGGAAAGCGAUGGCGGUGCUACAAUGAGGACUGAAAGACGCAAAAGAGGAGCCACAAGUGAAGAUAUGGUUAAGGACGCUGAAGGAGAUGAUGGAACAACAACUUCCAACGGUGAAGCAAUUGAAGAAGACACCAGACCUGUUGAGAAAGUCGGUGUACAAAUUGGUAAAGCGAAUUCCACAUCUCUAUUAGAAAACCAACAGAAUCGUGAAGACUCCUUGAUGCUGAAAAAAAGGCCGAAAAUUGGCGACAUUGACCAAGUCGCUUCAGUUAUAGAAGUGGUGAAGCAUAUCUAUGGAAGCGAAGCUGUGAAUGCAGCUAAGUCAGCUACAGUUAGCCAGUACCUAACCACCUUCUUGGAAAACGAGCAGAAGCAUGUAUUUCUCCCAAAAACCAUCGGAAAGUCCAGUGCUAAUGAAAAGAGGAAGUCCAACAGAGAAAGACCUCUGUCACAAACAAUUGUAUUAAACGAACGGAAUGCUUCGAGCCAGUUCAGAAGAACCAAAUCAGUCGGACUGAUCAAGACUAGAGAAUUGGAAACCAGAAGUAAAAUUCCAACUUCGGCUCGAAGAUCAGCUGUUAGGCGCCCCUUGGUGAGACAACUGGAAGCCAACAGCAAAGAACUAGAGGAAAAUUUGAACUUCAAAAGAUCCGGCUCAAAGGAAGAUUCCAGUAAAACACUGGAAAGUGCAGAUAACGCCUUAAUAGCAACAACAAUUUUUCAAGGGGCAGAAGGAGAACCAAGCAAACAAGACGGAAGUAUGACAGAUACUCUAGUGGAAGAUACAAGCACAAACGUGUUGGCCGUUAAGCAGCUUCUGGACCAACUGGCUUCAGUAGACACACCGACAAUUAAUGAAGAUAAACCAAACUCUUCUUCUGCCUUUGAAUGUCAGCAGGAAGCAAAUGAAGACAUUAUUAUUCCACGUUCUUUAACUACCAUAGCAUCGGCGAAAGGUGUUGAGAAGCGUGAUGAAAGCGGACAACCCCUUAAUGAAUCAAGCAAAGAGACAAGUGAAUCAGUCUUCCAAAGCCAUGUUGAAACUGAAGGCGACAAAGGAGUCACAGAAGAUCAAAGUGAAGACACUUCUAAAGAACGAAAUGGAGCAGUUGAAAAAUCUGAAAAUUUUGGAGUAAAAAAUAUCGAAGAAAGUCAAUCUGUUUUAAAGCAUCAGAGUGAAGAUAAUUCUAAAAUGGCAUUGGCCGAAGAUGUUAUGAAGGAACAACGCGACAAUGAUAAACGACGUACAAACAGGCCCAAAAGCGUGGUUAGGCUUGAAAAUGCGGACUCAGGAGUAGACGAAUCUAAGGAAGAAAAAGAAGCAAUUGUCGAAGCCAUAGAAGCCUCCAACCAAAGCUCUGAGGCUGUUUCGAACUGUCCAGGUAAAGAUGAAGCUAAAAAAGGCCAUUUGGUGGAAAACAAAAACGAUAAUAAAAUAAGCGAAUCGUUGUCAGAUAAUCUGGAAAAGAGCAAGGCUGUUCUUCACGAAAAUAUCGAAGAAGUAGGUGAACGCAACUCGAAACAUUGCAUGGAAGCAGGAGAAGGAGUUUUGCUAGAGGUAAAUCAAGGCCAAACAGCUCUAAACGGACAGUAUGAAGAUAAACGUCAAGAAGAAAAUUCAGAUAUCUCGGAAGAUGUUUUAUACUGUGAAGAAACAGCAGAAGCAACAGACAAAGAAUCUAGUUUAGAAUGCAAAAUUGAAAAAUCAAGUGCUGAAGCAUCUAAAGAACACAAUGGAGAACCCACAAAAGGAAGCAUAGAUUUUGUUGUCCUGAAAGAUUCAGAAGAAACAAAAAACACAUCGAAAGAAGAAGCAAAUCCAGAAAGUAAAAUUCAGCUUCAACCGAAAGAGUCAACAGAUCAAAGUGGUGUGACAUCUAAUAAUGAAGAAAAAGAUACAGAACCAAUUAAAAGCGCGUCUAAAAGAGAAAAUGUAAGUCGAACAGGUGACAUUGAAAAACUGGAAGUAGGUGAAAAGUUAAAAAUUACAGAGUUUAAUAAAGAAGGUAAAACAACAAUUUUGGACUCUCACUUGAACGUUGAAGGAAAACAUGCAGGCACAAUUAAAUGCUCGUCUGGAGAAGAAGAAGAAGAAAAUCUAGUGGGUAAAACCGAAGAAGCUCAUCCAAGUGUAAAAUUUGAAACUGAAGAUUCAACGAAGCAAAAUGAUGGGGCACCUAAUAAAGAAGAUAAAACAACAGAUUUGGACCCUGGUGUAAACGCUAAAGAGGAAAAACUUGCAGAACGAAUUCAAAGCGCACCUAAAGGAGAAGAAGAAGCAGAUCUAGACGAAAAGCUGAAAACUGAAGAAUCAAAAAAACAAACCGAUCAUUCACCUAAAGGACUUCGUGGAGAAGUUUUAGAAGAUCAAGUUCAAGCUGAAGAAGAAUUUGCAGAAAGAAGCGUUUUCGCAUCUGAACAUAAAAAUACAGAACUAAUUAAAGACACACUCAUAACAGACGAAGCCAUUCUGGGAACUGAAAUUGCAACCGAGCAAGUGAAUGAGUUAAAACCUGAAUAUCUCGCAAAACCCAUUACUAGCCAUGGGAAAGGAGCAGAAGGCAAUUUAGAAAUUCCGAAUAAAUCAAGCGAAGCAAAGAUCGAGAAAAAUGAAGAUAAUGAAGCUAUGAACGAUCUCCAUAAAAAUAGGAGCCAAGUGGUAAAUGACAUUUCUCAGCAAGAACUUACAAACCCAUCAGGAGAGGAAAUUGCGACAAAGAUCGUUGUCCAAACUGAAGAGAGAGAAAAUGAUGACAGAUCUGUAGAAGUAAAGGAAGAAAUGUUGAACGGACAAGAGACUGAUGAAGAUUGUGCAACUAUUUCGGCUGGAAAUACAAGCAGAAAAAUUGAAGGAGCGCAAAAUGAAGAAGCAAAACAUCAACAGUCAGAAAACAAUCACGCGUCAAUAAGUGAAAUUGAUAUAGACGAUAAUGCCGAGAAAGAAGCACGAUUAAAAGAUAUUCUUGAAGGAAAUUGGGUCGGUUCUUCCCCUCGAAAUGAUGAUGUAAAGGCUGCCAUCACAAUUCAAGCCGCUUGGAAAGGUUUCAUUACCAGGAAGAUUCUGAAUCAGUCAAAAAUCCAGCGCGAUGAAAAUCGGACAGCUGCUAAAAUCCAACCAGUCUUCAGAGGGUUUGUAGACCGGUUGAAGUUUGAAAAAUUAAAACCCAUCCAGGCUGUAAAAGAAUAUUUGGAUGACCCGGGGGUUGAAGAUCCUGCAAUGGAUAAAAACGUUGCUAGAGCCAAUAAAAUAGUUGAAGGAAAGAAGGCCAUAAUAGAAGGAGAAAAUGCUUCCCGGCCUGCGGAGGAAGAUUUGGACAUUCAGAUAGAGAAUUCUGUAGCUGAAAAACCGGAUUUUUACAGGUCGAAUACAGUUGUAGAACUCCAAGUGAUUAAAUCGACAAUCCCUCCUUUGAGUGAUGAUAAGGUGGAAGAUACAAAGCCCGAAAGAAUCAGCUUGGAGCGAGACCCCAACAACAAUUCUCAAGAGAAAGCAGAGCUGGAGCGAGAUGUUAAGGAAGCAGUUGAAGGUAUUUUGAACCAACUAGUGGAUGAAAAAACCUAUGGGCUCCCCGGGAAAUGUCAAUGCGGCUCUCACGAUCAGCAGCUGGAUGAUCUGAGCAGUGUUGAAUCAGCGGACUCUGUGGUAACUGUGGUGUUGAAGCCUAAAGACGAAACGAAGGUGAAUCGGGAACAAAACAAGGAGUUGCCCAGUCGAGCGUUGUCCACCAGCUCUUUAGAGGAUCGCGUGGAGUUUAUCGACCACGUCCAGAACUCGCUGCUGGAUCAACUUUCAGGAAAACGAGUGGAUUCGUUCCAGAUCGACCAUCUGGAGAGAGAGUUGCACGAUGUUGCCACAAUGUACACCAGUCAGGACGAUAAUCCGAAUUCCCCCGAACCAAUGGAGUAUUUCUACGAGUUUGAUGGGUUGGCAGGCUCUUCACACACAAGCACAGUUUUCGCACCUGAGGAAGACAACGUGUACGAAACGAGAGGUGUCCGGACUCCGUUGAGAGAGUUGCCCGAUAUAGAGGAAGAAGCCGAAACGAAGGAAGAUGAAGCAAAACGUGAAAGCUCCAACCAAUCCGUUCAAGACGCAGACCUGAUGGCAUCAACAUUCAAAGAAGAACGGACCGAAGGUCUGCAGCACACCAGUGAACUGCACGAUUCAGUGUUGGUGGCUGUUAAGCUGAACGCAAGCGAAGAGCAGCCGAGUAAAGAUCUAAAGUUGAUCGAAGAAAAUGAAGGUCUGAGACACACCAGUGAGUUCCACGACACUGUGGUGGUUCCUCUGCCCAGUGGCGCCGAUAUGAAGAUCACCAACGAUUCCAAGCAGUUGCUUCUAGAAGGCCCCAAUCGAAUCCACACUGUGGACAGUGGUAACCAAACAGUCCAGCAGGCACCAGCAGGUGUUGAGGCCGUGACGUCGCGACGCCCUGAGGCGCAGGCGUCGCUUAGAGACACCGCGCCUGGCCAGCUUCGAGCCGCUUCGAAUCAGUCGCAAACGUCGCGCUUUGCUAGCGGGGAAAUGGAAAGUGGGCAGGCAAACAAGAGAAGAAACAACGCGAUCAACAACAACAACUGCAACGAGAAGAACAUGGAAACACAAGCAGCCACUAAGAUCCAGGCUGGAUUCCGGGGCUACCAAGUGAGGAAACAGAUCAAAGCAAAGAAUGCUGCAGUUGACCAAAAAAGGCAACUAAGGAAGCGCAGCUCGAAGGAAAACAUGAAAGACUCCGAUCUAGAGGAAAAGUCCGCCGUGAAGAUCCAGGCAGGAGUUCGGGGUUUUUUGGUACGCAGAAGACAGAAGAAGGUCAAUUCUUCAGCAUCAGCCUGAAUCUUCACAUUGGCAAUUUUUUGAAGCACAUUCUUUAGUUAGUGUUAGGGUUAAGCUGUCUCGAUACACAAAGAUACCUGUAGAGAGUAGUUGAGUUUCUACGCUUUUACUCUGGCUGUAGGCAUUUAAACAGUAAACCGUCGUUUUAGCAUUGUAUUUUGAUUUUCACUCAGUAUUCAUAGGGUUAGUAGAGAGCGAAACUUGUGGAAAACUACUGUUUGGUUUCAGAGUUUAAUUUACAAGCAACAUUUUGUAUAGGUAGUUUUAGCAACGAUAAUAAACAUUAUUUAACGGUU